AUGACAUCCUUCAUACCUAAUUAUAAAAUUGACAGUGCUCGUCUAAAAAUCAAGUCAUCAGUAUCUAUCAUGAAGACAAACAUAACAUAUGUUUAUUUAAUUCAGUGUGCUAAUAGCCAUAUUUUCAUCGGUAUGAUGGCUUUAAAAGAGCUAUAUGUCAUUACAAUUAUUCUCAUUAGGAAGAAAAAUUAUCCCAUUAUUUCCAAUGUUAAUGGAAUGAAAACUUCUUUCUACACCAAAUCAUCCCCCGUUACAAGACAGCUAAGACCUAAGUUGGAUAUUCCCAAACAAACGCUUUCGAUUCAAAAACUCACUUUUAGUAGCAACAAAGAAGGAAAAACUUUUGUCACCAUCUAUCCUAGUCAAGUAUAUAUCACAUCCAAAGAUCUGAUUGAAAUGAUUGAAGAAAAAAAAGAGAGUAUCCCAGUGAAAAAUAACAACUGUAUUCUUCGGGACGAUAUACUAUAUGCAAUCCAUAAUUUUGCUUCUGACGAAAACACAACAACACCAGAAAACCAUAUCUCGGAUUUAACAAAUACAGGACAAACGACUGAGCCAAAACGCCCUACCAAUGCUUUUAUUCUUUAUAGAACUGCACUCCGAAAAAAAAUUAAAGCUUUGUUUCCAUCUUUUAGCAAUAGUGACAUUUCAAAAUUUACUGGUGCUAUGUGGAAAGCAGCAGAUAAAGAAGUUAAAGAAAAGUAUAUCAAACAAGCCAUGGAAUGUAGAGCCCUUCACAAACAAAUGUACCCUAACUUCGAAUACAACAUUAAAAAAGAAACUUCUGAUCAAGCAGCUUCCGUAUCCCAAAAUCAGGAUCUUUCAGGUGACAGAUGGGAUAAUUAUUUCGACCAAUGUUUACAAAAUGCAACAAUGGAAUUUUUCAACGAAAACCACAGUAUUGGAGACUUGAAAAAUGAUCAGGGGAGCUCUAAUUGGAUUGAUAACGUUAACCCCAACGUCAUUUCGGUGAACUCAAAUAAUCUUCUUUUUGAAGGUUACCAGGAAUCAAAUGAAUGGAAAGAGGUGUGUAAUAUAGUCUCACAGUUCUUUCCCGAAGACUCAGAUCAGAACACAUUAAUGGAUGAUAAACUAUGGGCAAGCCUCGGUGGUAUGGAUCUGAUAAUUGAUAAAGGAUAUGAAUUACCGUCGUAUAUUGAGGACAAUGAAAACAGUCAUUAA